AUGGCGAGAAUAAGUGAUUUGUCAGAUGAAUUGCUGAUUAAGAUAAUAACAUUUCUUCCAACAAAAGUUGCAGUCUCCACAAGCAUUUUGUCGAAACAAUGGCAGUUCCUCUGGAUGUGGUUGCCUAAACUUGAGUACUGUGACUAUCGUAUCAAUGACUCUUCCGCUUUGAGUUAUCUGGAUUUUAUCGACAAGAAUCUGCCAUUGCAUAGAGCUCCGGUCAUAGAAAGCUUGCUCCUCCUCAGAUUUGGUGGUGGAUUACUUCAACCAGAGAAAAUCAAACGAUGGGUUGGGAUUGCGCUUUCUCGCUUUGUGCGUGAGCUAAGUAUAAAAUAUUAUCGUUACAGUGACGGACCUGAUGUGGUCUUACCGAAUAGUUUGUAUACCUGCGAUUCGCUCAUGACACUGAAACUUGAAGGCGCACAGAUUCUUGUGGAUGUUCCUGGAACGGCGUGUCUCCCUUCCUUGAAGACGUUGCAACUUCGAUGUGUGACAUACUCAAACGAAGAUUCUCUCCGACUGCUUCUGUCGCAUUGCCCAGUUCUUGAAGAUCUUCUUAUCGAACGAGAUAGUGCUGGUGACAAUGUGACAGCGAUGGUUGUUAAAUCCCCAUCUUUGCAGAUGUUAGUCUUGGAGAUAGGUAACGAAUGUUCUUCUGAUGGACGUCUUUCGUUACGCCCAUUGUUUUAUUGUGCAGAAGAGACUGUGGAUCGCGCUGGUAUUGUAUUCAAUCAGCUUGAACAUUUGAAGCUAUGCAUAUACAGCGAGGAUUGGUCCAAGUCAGGGGCGGAGCUAGAGAAAGUAUGUAAGGGGGUCAAAAGUUGGGAACUCAGAAAUUCUCCUAAACUGCGAGUCCUCAAUCUAUUUGUUGAUAUGUGGCCACAGUUUGAUGCGUAUGAACGGGUUACGUGGAAGAAUAAACGGAGUUCUGUUCCUGAAUGUUUGUUGAGGAGUCUCAAAACUUUUCAGUUUGCAGGUUUCAGUGGGACACAAGAAGAGAAAGAUUUCUUGAGUUUCUUCUUCAAACACGCUUCUUGCUUGAAGGUAUUUAACUGA